GCGGAAGUAGUUCCUGAACGCAAAGCACUCCACUCGGUCGGGUUAGGCUGCACUGCCAACUGAGAGCACGUCCUGCUGUCCGCGCUCUUCUUUUACAGAUUGCCACCAUCCAGCGCCACCAAGAUGCCUCUGGAGUUUGAGCUGUGUCCCGGUCGGUCCAUCGGAGGAGAACAUCCGUGUUUCAUCAUAGCUGAGAUUGGACAGAACCACCAGGGAGACCUCGAGAUCGCCAAGAAGAUGAUUAAAAUGGCAAAGGACUGCGGUGCUGACUGCGCCAAGUUCCAGAAGAGCGAGCUGGAGUACAAAUUCAACAAACGAGCCCUGGAGCGUCCGUACACCUCCAAGAACUCCUGGGGCAAAACCUAUGGCGAACACAAGCGCCACCUGGAGUUCAGUCACGAUCAGUACAGGGAGCUGCAGAAAUACGCUGCAGAGGUGGGGAUCUUCUUCACGGCUUCGGGGAUGGAUGAGAUGGCAGUAGAGUUUCUCCACGAGCUCAACGUGCCUUUCUUCAAAGUUGGAUCCGGGGACACCAACAACUUUCCUUAUCUGGAGAAAACGGCCAAGAAGGGCCGUCCCAUGGUGGUGUCCAGCGGGAUGCAGUCGAUGGAGACGAUGCGCCGCGUCUACAAGACGGUGAAGCAGCACAACCAGAACUUUGCCAUCCUGCAGUGCACCAGUGCGUACCCUCUGGAGGCUGAAGAUGUCAACCUCAGAGUCAUCACGGAAUACCAGAAGGAAUUUCCCGAUAUUCCCAUCGGGUAUUCCGGUCACGAGUCUGGGAUCAGCAUCUCGGUGGCAGCUGUGGCUCUGGGAGCGAAGGUCAUCGAGCGUCACAUAACCUUGGACAAGACGUGGAAGGGGAGCGACCACGAGGCCUCGCUGAUCCCCUCUGAGCUGGCGGAGCUGGUCCGCGCCGUCCGUCUGGUGGAGCGGGCGCUGGGAAGCGGCGUCAAGCGGAUGUUGCCCUGCGAGAAGGCGUGCCACGACAAACUGGGCAAAUCCGUGGUCGCCAAGGUGAAGAUCCCCCAGGGAACGGUCCUGACGCUGGACAUGCUGGCGGUGAAAGUGGCCGAGCCCAUGGGCGUCCCGGCAGAGGACAUCUUCCAGCUGGUUGGGAAGACGGUGACGGAGCAGGUGGAGGAGGACGACAGCGUCCUGCCGGAGGUGGUGGACAGCUACGGCAAGAAGGCCAAGUGUUGAUCACAGCAGACGGUUGAAGCUUGUUCCAAAUAAAAGGCACUUAUUUCUUGAGGAGGUUUAUUUUGGGGUUUUUUUUAUUCUUAAUGGAAUAAUCUGGAUGUUCACACAUUAAGUACGAGGGUAAUUUUACUUCCUAAUCAUAAAUUGGAAAGUGGAGUAAAAUAGCUUAAAUCUUUUGAUGGAUGAUUAAAAAUAUGUAUUUUUCAGAAAGUGGUCUUGACGCGAGACGUUUUCUGGGUGCCUUCAUUUCUUGUCGGUGCCUUCAGAAGCUGCCAACCACCAGGUGGAGCUGUAAGGAAAAACAUUCUUUGCACUGAACCUUAACCCUCCACUGCAAGAAGAAAGUCACGUUGAGCCCAUGGAGAAGCUUUGAUCAUUUCAUUCAGACUGCUGAGAUCAGAGCCUGUUAGCCCAGCAGGCACUGUACUGUCCAUGCAGCUUUUUAGGGUGUAACAAUUAAAUAAACACAGAGUUGAUUUUUAAAAAAAAAAGUUUUUUAACUGUUAUUCUUUUUCCCUGUGUGUGUGUCUCUGGUACUCCUGUUAUAAAUGUGCCUGAAAGUAUAAUUUCCCUUUGCCAAAAACUUUAGCCCAGGUGUUUUUGACGCAUUUGUGUCUGAGUUGUGUCUUAAAGAAAAAACCUUCUAAUAAAAUCUUGGCAAAUAUUA